ACUUAACAGAUCCUUAUCAAUCCCACCUUAUUCCACAACAGAUUUCCGAUAACCUCCAUUGCUAAAUCUCUCUCUUUUUGCUUCUCUCUUUCAAGAAAUCGUCUCCUUCUUUUGUAAAAACUAAAAAGACAUUCUGUGUUAGAAAAGAUGAACGGAAACGGCUCAUACGGCACGUCAUGGGCGGAUCAGUGGGACGAUGGUCCAGAUCCAGUUUACAACUACCAGACGAAGAAGAGCAGCGGAGCCACAAAUUCAACCGCCAAAUACAAGCAGAAGGUAGGAGAAGGUCUAGGAAAGACCAAAGCAGUUGCUUCAACGGGCAUCAAGAAGGUUAAAGAAGGGACCAUCACAGGCUUCCACUGGAUCAAAGACAAGUAUAACAAAACUAAACAGAAACAUUAGCCCUUUCUUUUCAUUUCCUUCUUCUGUUUCGUCGUGAUUCUGUUUCUCUUUUUUCCAUUCUUUUAUUUUACAGACUCAUGUGAUAUGAACCGUUGAUUUUCAUGUGAUAUAGAAAAUUUUCUUUUGUGGUUUUUAUGGUCUGUUUUGCUUUGUAUAUUAUGGAAUAGAUUUUAUUACUUUUGUAUAUUAUUAAUUACUAUGGAAUGGGUUUCGAAUUUAGUUUUA